UCCAGUUUCAGAUAAAGAAUGGCUCAUUCUCGUUCAGCACGGGACUUUGUUGCACUUUCAGAUCUGCAUCCAAACCUUGCUCGUCCUAAUGUAAUCGGGGUGGUUAUUGGGAAAACAGAUGUCAGAAGCUUUCCAGACCGAAAAAACAUAGGCACUGAGAGAUACACCUUCAAUUUUACCAUUCGUGAUUCCCCAACUUAUUUCAUUAAUGUCCAGUCCUGGGGCAGAGAAGAGUACAUCAGAUCCCUCUCAGAAAGCUUCAGGGUUGGUGACUGUGUUACAAUCGAAAAUCCUUUAAUUCAGUCAAAGGAAGCAGAAAGAGAAGAAAAAUUCAACCCUGUAACUCCUAGUGGCUACAAAUUAUUGCUCAGUGAAAAUCACUCUGUGGUUAAAACCUCUUCCUGCUAUGACACAGACACCAGGCUCCUGGCUCUGCUGCACCUGCCUGUCAAGGACCCUCAGGAUUAUUAUUCCCUGGGGGACAUCGUGGCAAAUGGACAAAGCCUCCAUGGGAGAGUCCUCAACGUGCUGGCAGCUGUGAUGGCAGUUGGGGAGCCAAAGUAUUUUAUGACUUCAGACAAAAGGAAAGGCCAGAGGUGUGAAGUGAAGCUGUAUGAUGAAACAGAGAGGUCUUUCCCAAUAGUAUGCUGGGAUAAUGAAUCCAUCCAGCUGGCACAAAGUUGGAUCCCCCAAGAAACAGUUAUAUUUGCAUCAGAUGUGAGAAUCAAUUUUGACAAAUUUAGGAACUGCAUGACUGCAACUGUGAUAUCCAAAACCAUCAUUACAACUAACCCAGAAACAGCAGAAGCAAAUGUUCUCUUCAGCUUCAUCAAAGAGAGUGCCCAGGCAGGAGCUCUGCCCAGCCCCAUGAAGGAGCUGCCAAAUGAAACCAUUAACUUGGAGGCUGUAGUGGAUGUCUACACAGUGGAACAGCUGAAAGAAAAAGCUCUCCAGAGUGAUGGGAAGCUGGAGCCUCUCCAUGGAAUUAUUUAUGGCUACAUUUCCACCCUGGACAUCGACGAGAGCGUGUCCAGAGUCCUGCGCAACAGAUGCUCAGUCUGCCGGUUCAUCGUGAAUGAGGUGUCAAACACCUGCACCUUCUGCACUGACAUCUCUCCAAAGGCCAGGUCCACCUUUGCCAGCUUUGACAUCCUGGUGGAUGUGACAGACCACACAGGCACCCUGCGCUCCUGCUACCUGGCUGACUGUGUGGCUGAGGACACCCUGGGCUGCACAGUCCCUGAAUUCCUCAUGCUGGAAGAAAACCAGAAGACUGCACUGAAAUGGCAACUCCUCUUGGAACGAAGCAAGAUUUACUUCAAAGUUACUUCAUCACCCAAUUGGAGAACUGGAUUAAAGGUGAAUCUUCUUUCCUGCAAACUGGCAGAUCCCAUAGAGGCCAGUCAGAGCUUGUUGGGAAGAGACUGGAAUAAUUUAUAAAUGCUAGAAAAGGCUUCCUUCACUCUGUUGGUAGAGAUGGAAUUCUGCUGUUGUUGGGUUUUGCCAAGUCUGUUCUGAUGGUAAAGGAGAAGUGCACAUUACAGUAUCUCUAAGUGGGCUUCUGAGUUCUUAUUUUUGGGUGAUUGUACUUUAAAAAGUGUACUUGGGCCUCAGCUUAAAUGUUAAUUCUACCAAAUUCAACCCCUUUCAAGGGGGCUGGAAACUUCCUCACUCAGCUGAGAUCUUUGAAAAAAUCAGAAAUAACAAAUAGGUUAAAAGAGAUCUGUUGAACCUCUGUGGUU